CCCAGCUAGCCGGGUGUGUCUUUGAACUGAGGAUCUGUUUCCCCAUGAAUGACGAUCACCAUGAAGAAGCAUCGAAGCUGCUGCCGCUUAUCCCUAAUUUAGCCUCCAUUCAUUUUUUGCGGCAAGCAGGUGCCAUGCUCGAUCUACCGGUACGCACGACCGCGACGGCCAUAAUGUAUUAUCAUCAAUUCAAUCGGUUCAUGCUUUUGAAUAAAGGUGGUAAACCGACGCGCAACGAUCGUCUCGUAGACGAAAGCAUGCCUCUUAAUACUAACGAAGAACUAUUGACAACCACGUGCCUUCAUCUGGCGUGCAAAAUGACCGACGUACCUCGCAAAGUACGGGAUCUGGUCAAUGUUGGUUACAGAUAUUAUCAUCCUAAAGAAGGCAUAUUACAGAUCGACGAAACGUAUUUUAAAAUGCGAUCUUCACUUGUCGUCGGUGAGCUCUUACUUGUUCGCGCGCUUGGCUAUGAUCUUGAAGUAUCAUUGCCGUUUACCUAUUGCUUAAACGUACUACGAGGGAUGGCUUCAGUCUCAUGGUUUGCUGCAUCAUCAGUAGCAGCAACAACAGUACCAUCAACAAAACAAGAUCGUCGAGUAUCGUCAGGGCACCAAAAGGAUUAUUGGCGUAGCAUGGAACAAGAAAUGGAUCCCGAAUUAAGUACAAUUGCUCGCGUGGCAUGGAUGUUUUGUUGGGAUAGUAUAUGUUCGCCAAAAAUCGUUUUGACGAGAACUACAGCCGAGGUUGCUUUGGGCUGCUUAUAUCUAGCAUUAGAGCUUUCCCACACCGAAUUACCUGUCAACAUGAACCAGUGGGUCGACAUGUGGGGUGCUUCUGAAAACAUCUCUGUACAAAAUGUUUGUGAUGUCGUCACCGACCUAAUCGAGUUAUUUGCUCAUUGUCCAUCUAUCGAAGACAUUACACCAUCAACAUUUUCAUCAGCAACCUCGCCACCGCCACCACCAGCUCCACAACCGUCAUCGUCCUCAUCAUCACAAAAACCAUCCUCGCCUGCAUCCGCAUAGAAUAACUUUUUUAAACUAUCAUAAAAACGUCGUCUAGAGC